AUGCCGAUGACAUUCCUCAGCAUACAUGUGAGUUUUGUGACCAGGCGUUUUGACACUGUUCGUAGUCUUCGCAUUCAUCAGAAGAAGUCACGUCGUGAUGAGUUGCCGGAGGACUGGCUUAUUUUGCUCUUCUUGUGGAUGAGCGACGAGCCGGGAAUUGCCCCGCCAACGAGAGCCGAGACCAGCUAUUUCCUGACCCUCUUCCCUCGACCCUUACAGAUGCAGUCGGAGCAAGCCGAGGCCAUGGAUACCAAGGACCAGCCAAAGCGAGGGACAUUCGAGGAUACUUCGUCGCGCGAGGAGGGUCCGUCCAAAGCCAUGAGGGGGGAGCCUCACAAGGACACGGCACAGGCCAAGGAGCCCACCGGGGGCACGGCCUCGGACUUACAGAGGCAAGCCAAAGUGCCAGUGAUGAACCUGGCCACGCCACCAUCGACGACGGCAUCACCGGCAAGUUCACAGCAACCGCUGCCUCCGAAUGCACCCCAGUCUCAACGGUCUGGAAAGGGCAAGGCCAAGAAGGGCAAACAGGGCAAAGGACAGAGCAAAGGUCAGAAAGGGGGCAACGCACCCUCUCAGACUACUUCGGGUUCGAUUCAUCAGGACAACGUCAUCUCAGCGACGGGGCGCCUGUGUUUGCGCCACGAAGACGCGAUUGCGGUGCAGCGUGCGCAGCAAGGAUACGUCUGGUGGCUGAGGACCACCGGUCCCGAAUCGAUAGUGCCACCACUGGCACGGGUGUCGGCAGCUUGGAACCUCAAGAAGGAAGAAGAGGGACCGCCGGAGCAUCCGCUCAGGAUAGUAUUGCUGUCCACCCUGAUCCAUGUGAUGAUCGAGAGAGCUCAGGCGGCAGUGGACCCCACGCGUUUGGAGGCCUCGGCUCAGGCGGGCCUCAUCUUGAAUCAGCGGGACGAACCCUUUUGGCCGUUGAUGAGGAAACUCAACCAGAUCAGGGACACGAUCAAUCCAGAGAACAUAUUGCGUUGUCACGGCUACCACCCCAUAGCCGAGUACAUGCAGGGGGACACAUUCAGACUCGUCCUCGAAGUCGAGACAGUCGGCGAGGAAGCUCAGAAUCUUCACUCCUGGUUUCGGAGGAUGGUCAACUGCACAGCAUGGAAGCUCAUAGGCGGACGAUUCCGCCGCGAGCGGCUGGGUCGCUCUCCACUAGCCAACCGGCUGGCCGAGCUCUUGGGUUAG